UAAAGUUAAUUAUAAUUCAUAUAGAUUAAUGGCCAGACUAAGAGGCAAAGAAACCCCAUAAAACACAUGAGACAAUUAUACUAAAUCAAAAUACACUUUUAGAUGCAUCAUCCAUGCUGGAUUACAAUGACUAGAUUUUUGUUUUUAAAAAUCACUAGUGAAUACAGAGGACAGUUUGGAAAGCAGCAAGACUUAGUUAACGCUGUACUGUCAUCCUAGCUAAGUGAUAUUGAAGACCUUAACCAAAGACCUUGGGAGUAUAAAUGGAAAGGAAGGAAUUGAUGAGAAACACUAAAGGCAACAUUAGUAGAAGAGGUGCCAGGAGACAAUAUGAAAGAGGUGAAGCAUAAAGUUGAGUCAGGUUUCUUUCUUGAGAGAGCAGAAAAGGGAGGUACUAUUCACUAUGAUUUGGACUACAAAAGGAAUUAUGUUUUGGAAAAAAGAAUAAAGCUAAAUAUAGAACCAUGAAAGAACAUCAGUGUUUGAGAAGUGGCAGAGUAAAAAAAUUCUGCAAAAGAGGGAAUGGUCAGUCAUUGGAAAACCAGGAGAAUAAAACCACAAUUCUGGAAGUGAAGAACUUCAUGGAGGAAGAAUCAACAGUAUUCAAUUUCUCAGGGAGAUUUAAGAGAAGGAUUGAAAGUGCUAAUUCAUAUUAAUAGCUUAGAGCUCUUUGCCCUUCUUCAAGUGGUUUUUUUGAAUGGUAUUGAGGGAAAAUAGUGGGUUAAUCUCUUGUAAAGGAAGCUUUUCAAUGGCGGAACAGGAAGCUCAUUGAACAGUCAUUUAGAAAAGGUACACUAUGGGUCAAGCAUUGCCAGAAACUAGGGUAAAAGAAUAUGGUGUCCACAGAGCUUACAUGACACGACCUUGAAUAUAAAUCAAUCAUGACAUUGAAUAUAAAUUCCAGCAAUUAUGACAUUGAAUAUAAAUUCCUAAUGUUAAGAGUGUGGAGUAAUUGGCACAUGUGAGAAGUGAACUCAGUCUAGUACAGGAGCUAAUGAAAAGCCUUCUAGAACAAAUUAUAUUUAAAUUGGUAUCUGAAAGAUAGGUGAUCUUCAAACAAAAAGAACAGCUUAUGAAAAGACCCUGAGGUUCCUACCACUACCACACAACAAGAAGCUUUAGCAAAAAGGAUUAUAUCUUAACUCCAAAUCCAAAUCCGGGCUGCUCUUUCUGUAAGCAUUUGGCACUUUUGGCCACAGCUUCCUUUCCUCUCCUGGCUGCUAAUGGAAUAUGUUCAUGCUUUCUGCUGUCACUGUUUAUUCUUAGUUUCCUUAGCUGACCUCACUUUCCCUGCCUCUUUCUUAAGUAUUGAUACUAGAGUUCUAUCCUAGGAAUUUUAUUCUCAUUCCAUAUGAUGAUCCUAUCCGUGUCCAGGCCUUUUCCUAUUAUGUGUACACUGAUGACUUCCUAAUCUGUAUCCUGAAUAGGGAAGAAUAGGGUAGAUUGAAUGAGAUAAGAAACUAUUUUCAAAUCUCAGUAGUUUAAUGUGGAAAUGUUUAUGUGUGUUUGUGUGUUGUGUGUGUGUGUGUGUGCAAUGCUUUGUUUGCUCAUAGUCUUGUUUUUUGUUUUGUUUUGUUUUGUUUUGGUACCAGGGAUCAAACUCGGGACCUUGGACUUGUGAGGCAGGCAGCAGAACCACUGAGCUAAAUUCCUGGUUGUAAAGAGUCUUCUGCAAGUCUAAGUGACUCUCCGGAGAAAUUGUCCUCAGUAUGGUGACUCAGUGACUCAGUGACUCAGUGACUCAAUUUUAGAGCUUAUCACAAAUUCUCCACAAUUGUCCUGUGAAAGGAGAGAUCAGAGGAGGUCUUGUAUCAGCAAUUAAAUGUUUCAACUGAAAGGGACAUACAUAGCUUUUGCUCACUGACCAUCGUCAAGAAUUUGUCACGUGGCAUUACCCAACCACAAGGAUGCUCAGUCCCAAAAGGAGAAAAGGAGGGGUUAUGGGUGAGAGUUCUGUAUGCCACACAAAUCUAGAUCUCUUUCAUGAAUUUCAGGUCUUGCAUCUAACUGCCCUCCACAUCUGUGCCUGAAUGUUCCACAUACACCUCAAAUUCAACAUGUCCAAAAUUACUCAUUAUUUAUAUCCAAUUCUACACCCUUAUUCUAUAUCCUCAAUAUUAGUCAAUGGAUACAAUAUAGUAAAAUUGGUAGUUAUUCAAAGCUCGUCUCUCUCCCUUGCCUUCCUUUCAGUUGGGUACCUCUCAUAUCUGAUAAAUGACUGGAUUCAUCAUCUGUCUGCCCUACUUCUUUCCUAUGGCUAUGGCCUCAGUCUGGAUCAUCCUUGUUUCUUACCUGGAAAUCUGCAAUACUCCAUUGUCUGUCACCUUACUAGUCCCCCUGUGCCCUGUUUUUAAAUCCAAAUGUGAUUUGGUUACUGCUCUCAGCAGUCUUUCCAUUGCUUAUAAUGUAAAGUGGGUUUAGGGUCCACUAUUUAUAGGGAUAGGGGUCUGUAGAUGAAAAAAUAAAAUAGAAGUCUCCUUAGGUCUUCUAGCUAAUCCUGACUAGAAGGGGUUAAAACAAACUUUACUAGAGAAUUUCCCCCUGGGAAGUAAGUCAAAGACAGGGAUUAAGAGAGAGAGAGAGAGAGAGAGAGAGAGAGGGAGAGAGAAACCAGAUAAAGAAAGGCACCAGAUGGUCUUGGGACUUGCUCCAAGAGACCAGAAAAAAGAGCUGACAGGUAGGACACAGAGAAAAAGCCAAGUCCACAAAUGACAAUCACCCCAACCUCCAAUAAAAUAUAUGGAAACAAAGGGAGGACUGACUAACUUUAAGGCAGUGUGUACUCACACCUAUGCACUAAUAUACACACAUAUAUACAUGUAUAUUCACUCUAGAGUCACUAUAUUAUUCAUUCUAGGGUCAUUAUGGAGUAUAAUAGAUAUCCACACAGCCCCUUACUAACUCUAAGCUAACUAAGAAUAAGGCAUUCGCUUGUUAACUAGCCACCCACUCCAAAGAUAAGGCCUUAAAAGAUAGGUCAAAGACAACUAAACAAACAGACAGAAAAAAAGCUACACAGAGACCACUGGAAAAAAUGACAUUAGGCAGAGUUGCCCAGAAACCAAUCCAGUUAUGGCAAGUUCUGGGUGGAGGGGAAAGAGUUACCCCUCCCUCUAAAAGCAGCUGAGAACAGAGGGCUCAUGAGUCCUCCUUCUUUCUGGAGCCCCCUACCCUGAUUCUUUCUUCUCAGGGUAGCUAUCUAUCUUCUUUCUCACCCUUUCUUUCCGUCUUUGCAAAUAAAGGGCCUUUGUUUUGUUAAACUUUGUCCCUCUAAUUAAUUAUGGGGGCUGAGUUAUGAUCCCGGUGGGCUGCUUGGACAACAGAGCAGUGGUGCUCAUCCCCCAGAUACAACAUCUUCAUCUCGUUCCAUACUUCCUCUCCACCCAUCCCUCUUCCAGUCUCCACCUGCGCCCCACCCUCAUUCUCCGUAGUUCUACCUACUGUGUAGGUAAAUACUUGAAUUUCCCUAAACAUGACCCGCAGGACAAAGCAAGCAUUUGCCCAUGCUGCCCUUCUGUGUGGAGCAUGUUUCCUUUUGUCUGCCUUAGAAAAAUGUGAUUUAUCUUUCAAGACACAACUCAAACACUCUCUCCUCAAAGAAGUUUUUCUUGAUACUCAGCCUCCUUCCUCAUUGUGAAGGCUGACCCCUUUCUUCUUUGGGUCCCACUCCUCCAAUACAGAUUCUAACAUAGGAUCUAUAUCAUUUCCUUAUGCUUAUAUAUGUAUAUAGUCUGGAACAUGGUUUUAUAGAUGAAUGGAGUUAUCUGUCUCUAUAAGAUUAUAAAAUCCCUUAAGUCAAGGCUUAUGUUUUACCAUUAUUUCUCCAGUCUUGCUCAUAGUAGGUGCUCAAUAAAUGUCUGAUUAACUCCUUAAGUUUUUUUUCUUUUUUGAUUUUUUGAGACAGGGCCUUACUAUACAGUUCAGGCUGGUUUUGAACUCACUAUGUCGCCCAAGAUGGCUUCAAAUUCACAGAAAUCCUCCUGACUCAGGCUCCUGAAUGCUCAGAUUACAGCUGUGUGCCAUCACACCCAGCUCACCCUAAAUCUUGGACUACCAUUGUUUCCUUCUCUGGCUCCUCUUUCUUCUUUUUGUCCUUUGCCGAUUUUUUGAUAAAAAUCUUUGACUUUUUAUCUUCCCUAUUUUUAAUACCACUUUCCUAAAAAUCUCUCAAAUUCAUGCACAUCUGUCUACAACUACCAUCCUAGUUCAUGUUAAUAUUACUCCUCAACUGGAUCAUAGUAGUGGUCACUCAACUGGUCUACUGAUAUCUCUCCUGGCUGCCAUGCAAUCUGUUCUCACUACCCCGUUUUUCAUGAUUUUUCCAGAAUCCAAAUCCGAUUAUGACACACUUGUUUAAAUAUCUUCAGUACAAGGAAACCACUUCUCUUAUAAUGACAGAAGUUCUGAGGGACCGCCCUGCUCCUCCCUUUUCAGCCUCAUUUUAACUAUGUUCCGCAUCUCCCCACCCUGAUCCCAGGGUUUCCUCACAUGCUUCCUUGCUUGUCACACUAUGUUGGGGGGAUUGUUUGUUUGUCUUUGGUCUUAUUCUUUUCCUUUCUGGCACAGGGUCUUCAUGGAUCACAGCACAAGGGUCACUAAUCUGUUGUUUACUUGUUUUUCUUUCCUCUUCUCAAUUAGACGGUAGGCUCUGUGAGGCUAAGAACACUUCUGCCCUGGUCCCUGAAAUACACUCAGUACCUAGCUCACUGUAUGGCAUAUAGCAUCCAUCCAAUGAGUAUAUUUAUGUCUUUAGGUUUUAUACGUUUUAAAAUAAGUGAGGGCCGGAGAUUUAGCCCAGUGGUUCUGCCACCUGCCUCACAAGUGCAAGGACCCGAGUUCGAUCCCUGGUACCAAAAAAAUAAAAUAAAAUAAAAUGAGUCACCAUCCUUGUGAAGGAAUCUCAACACUAAACACACUUAGUGUCUGCACUGCUAUUAUAAGUAACCGGCAACACUACUGCUCUUCACUUUUCUUUAUCAGCCUCUCUCAGUCUCCUUUUUUUCUUUUUUCUUUUUUGCUUUUUUUGUUGUUGUUGUGGUACCAGGGAUCGAACUCAAGACCUUGCACUUGUGAGGCUUGGUGCCACUGAGCUAAAUCCCCGGCCCUCUCUCAGUCUCCUUGGUGACACUGGUAAUGUCAUACUGUUGUGACCACUGUUGUGACCUUCACGACAUCUGGCAAGGUGGUUAAAGAAAAUAAUAAACACUGAAUUAGAAACAAACUUGUCCUGUCCCCUUUAACUGGUGUUCAUAUGUCAAAGAUACAAAAGUUCUCAUUCCUUGUAGGAUUUUUUUUUUUAAAUAUAAGGUUGACCUCAAAGAGGAAGUCCACCCGCGAGUUUAAACAGCAUCUUUGCAACACAUGGCUUGAUGGUGGCAGUGACUGUGCUAGUAACCUUUAUUUCAUCAUUUCUAGAAAACAAGACUGGUAACGGAAGUGAACAAUUCAGUCUUAGACAACUACAGCUUAUGACCGGAGAUACUCUUGAAAGAAAAAUACUGUAUGCUUCCUGUUUUCUUGACCUGGAUUUGAGAAGACAGCAUGGGAGACGUUUCCUCCACACAUAAACCCAAAAUUGAUGCCUCCACAGCAGCCCCAGUGACCACAAGUUACCCCAAGUAAAUGAGGAUUUACUGUCUCUCAUCCUGGGCCACAUGGCAUUAGAUUUCGUGUUGACAGCUUUGACUUUGGAACUUGGGGAGGGAAUUCUGCCGAGAAGGGCCCAGAAAGAGUAGAAAAACUAAACCAGUGUUUGCCCCUCGGAGGGUAGUUCUCAUUCCCAAGCUUCAGGACAUCUAUGAAUCCCCUAAGCUUGUAAAAUGUAUGUUGGGGAUGGCAGAGAGUCCACAGCUUCCACUGAGGGUUCAAAUGGAUCUAGAACUCAAAAGCAAACAGUUGGCAACCAAUUCGUGGGAAUGAAAGUCCACUAACCAAUGUGAGCACUAUCUCAAUGGCUUAGCCACAGAUAGGAAAUGCUAUGCUACAUUUGGCUUCUAGGAAAGGUCUUCAAAAGUCCCAGCAGCUCAUCUGCUCCCUCUCUCUGCCCAACCAGCAAGGGACACUUGAUCUUGGCUUUUUUUGCUGGGGUUUUACUGACAUUGCUGCUGACAGCCCUUGUCUUCUUCAUCAUAAAGUGCUGCAGAAAAUGUCAUUCCAGUCCCCAGGCCCUGGAUCCUCACUCAGAUCCUCCUGCCAGGCAUUCACCCGUAUUGAAGGAGUCACUUAUCUAUGCCAGCAUGACUUUUGAACCCUCAGAAGAAAAGAGCAAUCACUUGACUGCAAACCAUUCUGCACACACAGACCCCGUUGUGUAUGGACAGAUAAAAUGAUGAUCACACACCCAAUCAGGUAUGAGGCCAGUUUCUCUCAUGUCCAUCUACACAUUAUUCCUUUUAAAAAAAAAAUCAGGGCUAAAGUCCAUGUGAAACUAUGGUCACACCUGGCAAUGUUAUCCAACAGUUUUGAAAACCUGUGAUCAGUCAUCAUCCCAGGUGGAGAAGACAGCUUGCCCUCCCAACCCAAAAUGACAGUUGACAGUGCCUGAGGGCUUCCUUGUACCCUUCCAAAAUGUGUAAGACAGAGCUCCGUGUUUGAGAUGUACACCCCAGCAGCACUGAUCCACUAAGGAGGAGUCAUCCAAAAGAACAAUUUACCAAGAAUUGUAAAUAAAGGCAAACAAGUGUUGGAUCCUUCUUCA